AGGUUCCGCCGCAUCGUGUCGUUUCUUCCCUUUCCCGUUUCCCCCGUUCAGUUCAGCUUCGGUUGGCUCGCCGUACUCGGGUUGUUCCUCGCCUCGCUUCGCUUCCUUCCUCCGCAGUCCUCGUCUCGAAUUCGCUCGCGGUGGGAGAAAUCGGGGCGCGAGGAUGACCGUGAUCGACAUCCUCACCCGGGUGGACGCGAUCUGCCAGAAGUACGACAAGUACGACGUCGACAAGCUCAACGGCGCCAACGUCGCCGGCGACGACCCGUUCGCCCGCCUCUACGCGUCCGUCGACGCGGACAUCAACCAAUGCGUCGAUAAAGCGGAAACGGCGAAGCAAGAGAAGAACCGGGCCGCGGUGGUGGCGCUUAACGCCGAGAUCCGGCGCACCAAGGCCAAGCUCCUCGAGGAGGACCUUCCCAAGCUGCAGCGCCUCGCCGUUAAGAAGGUGAAAGGGCUGACAAGAGAAGAAAUUGCGACCCGUAGUGAUCUGGUUGCCGCUUUACCUGACAGAAUACAAUCAAUCCCAGAUGGUAGUUCUACUGCCACAAAGAAAAAUGGAAGUUGGGGAGCCUCAGGAUCUCGCACUGGAGGAGCCAUAAAGUUCGACUCUACUGCUGAUGGAAACUUUGAUGAUGAGUACUUUAAGGGGACAGAAGAAUCUAAUCAGUUCCGUCGGGAAUAUGAGAUGCGCAGAAUGAAACAGGAUGAAGGUUUGGACGUUAUUGGUGAAGGACUGGAAACUUUGAAAAACAUGGCAUCUGAUAUGAAUGAGGAAUUGGACAGACAAGUCCCUCUGAUGGACGAAAUGGAUGAUAAGGUGGAUAGAGCCAAUGCAGAUUUGAAGAAUACCAACGUGAGACUGAAGGAGACUGUUCUUCAACUUAGAUCAAGUCGCAACUUUUGCAUCGACAUCAUCCUUCUGUGUGUCAUUCUUGGUAUUGCGGCCUACCUUUACAAUGUUCUAAAAAAGUGAGGUGGAGUCUUCUUGCCUUGGAACCGCUCAUGUCGUGGUCCCUUUGUCACCAUGGUUCUACCCAGUUCUUUGAGCGAUUUGUGUGCACCAAGCCAUUUGUUUUGUCUUAUAUCUGUAUUAUUAUGGUGUCCAAGUUGAACCUUGACUAGGCUUGUUGAAGAGAACGCUGGUAACAUGUUUGCUAU